AUGAAAUUAAAAGACACCUGGUUUCCAUGGCUACAGUCCCAUAGUCAGAACCCCUGGCGCCUGCUGCACCUGACUCGCUCGGAUGACAGACACACGCGACACUUGGGUGUCAGAGCUCUGGCGGGCAUUGAAGACUGGGAUGAUUAUCAGUACCGGUACAUUGCUCAGGCCUGCGACGCUCGGACGCUGGUGGGACUGGCGAGGUCGCCUGAUGUUGAUGAAAGGUUUUUCCUGCCGCCACCUCAGUUACAGCCAAUGAAGAACAGCUUGCUGGAUGAGUUGAAGGAAUUACUGCGAUGGCUGCCUCAGUGUGAUGUUGAUAAGUGUGUCGCCUACUUCACGGAGGUCGCUCUCCGGAAAACGCUUCAGUUUGAAGAUAAGGGUGGCCUGUGGACAUUCAGUGGUUUGAGUUUGGAGCCAAUAAAGAUUUGCACUGAUUUCGACAACACCAAGAAGAUGCAGUCUGUUUGUCUUGAAGCUUUGGCUCGGCAUUCUUUGCAUCUAAAACACUGUCAGGAGAUUGUACACAAUCGAGGUCUACAACUUCUGCAGCGAGUUGUCGAGAGUCGACCUAAAGACCUCAACAUCAAGGAAACUGUCGCACGGAUCAUUGGAAAUCUAGCACUGUGUGCCGACCUUCACAAAGACAUCAUUAAAACAGGGUGGGUCCAGCGACUGUAUGAGUGGAUGAAGGGGGAGGAUCUCUCUCUGUUGAUAUUUGCUGCUCGAGCACUGGCUAACCUGGACUCUGAUUUUAGUGGCGAUGUACAAGAAGACGGAAUAUUUGUCAUUCACCCGGUUCACAGAACGACUGAUCCACUUUAUGCAGACAUUGUUUUCAUCCAUGGCAUCAUGGGAGGCCCAUUUAAGACAUGGAGGCAGCAGGACGUUAAGAAUAAAGGUCGUAACCAUGGAAACGAUGAAACUGGGACCAGUUGGACAACUUGCUGGCCCAAGGACUGGUUGGCUGAAGACUGCCCCAACUCUCGUAUUGUGGCUGUUCAGUUUGACACCCAUGUCAGUAGCUGGUACGUCAGCUGUCCCUACGAUGACGAAAAGAGAACUGUCAGUCAGCGAGCCAAGCUGUUACUGGAUAAACUCCACAAAGCCGGAGUCGGCUCUCGGCCAAUCAUCUGGGUCGCUCAUUCUAUGGGAGGUUUGCUGGUGAAGCAAAUGUUGAAGUUAUCGGAGGACUCGCCUCAUUUCUCAUGUCUCGCGGAGCAGACACGAGGUUUUGUCUUCUACAGUGUGCCACACCACGGGUCAGUCCUAGCCAACCGGUCCAACACGGCCAAGUACAUCCUGUACCCGUCAGUGGAGGUCAAGGAGCUGGGCAAAGAUUCGCUGAUGCUCGCAAAGCUGCACAGUCACUUCAAAGACUUCGCCUUGAAACAUGAAAUCCCCUGUCUUAGUUUUGGAGAAAUGGAGAAAAUGAAUCUUGGUAAAAAGCUGCCGAAGAUGUUGAUUGUUCCACAUGAAACAAGUGAUCCUGGAUUUGGUGAGUUUUUCACGCUGCCUGUCGACCACAUCAACAUCUGUAAACCAGAGGACCGGGACUCGGACCUCUACAAAAUAACUCUCAAGUUCAUCAAGUCAUGUAUACUUCACAGCAGAGUGGAAACCCUCCUAGAGCAGGGCAUGAGUGUGAACAAUGUGUGAUACCAACAAUAUCACCCAUGUCAAACGUUCGGAUCGCUGGUUAUUAAAACACAUUAAAACUUGACGCCCAUUCUAUGUACACAUAUUAAAGGGAUUGUGAAGACUGUAGCCAUUUCAGCCUGAGCUUUUUUAACAAUUAACACAGAUGGAAAAACUUAAAAACAAUUCACACAUUUCCAGAUUUUAGGGAUGUCCGAAAUCUCACAGUAACUGUCUACUUUUCAACAUCUUGCAAACUUUGCAAGAUAUUUUGAUUCUGUGGCUGUGUCAUUUUUAAAUGUCAAUUAAAAUUACACAUUAAUUCCAUUGUCUUCAUUAUAGCGAUGUUUUGUAUUCAAUGUUUCUUGUCGCCCUUACCUUUGUUUGACAUCCAGUAGACCAUGUAUUGUCAUGUGCUGGUGUGUUCUUAAACAUUCGUUCAUUCAUUCAUAUAUCCAUUUAUUCACUCUUUUUGUCUUAUUGUUUGUAGUACCUCAGAUAUCUUAAUAUGUUUUUCAGAUACACUGAUCCUUUAUAACCAAACAUUCAUCAGUUGGGCUUCAAACAGCCUCCUCGUUUUUUAUAAUCACUAAUCAGUGAUGUUGUUGUAAACUGAAAUUGUUCCUACCGUGUAGAUGAAAUCAUUGUUGAUAUGCUGGGGCUUGGAUUUGUCUUCUUGUGUACAUAAAGAAACCAGACAUUGAAUGAGUAUUAAUAAAUGAGCUAUUUGUAGGGUCUGUUCCGGUGAACACAACAAUGGGUGCAUGGUUCUAAUAGUUUAACUCUUUCUUGAGUUCACAUGAUACUAACUAAUUGUAUAAUGGAAAGUGGGUCAGUUUGUACAAACUGAUUACAACCAGUAAUUGGUGAUGAAAUUGCAACAGGUUCCCCAACACUGCUGAUGUCGAGUUGAGACCUUAUCUUUGAGUCUCCGUGGGGGGUUGUUGGACUGGAGUGUGGUGCUGGGGGGGGGGGGGGGGGGGGGGGGGGGGGGGGAGUGGUGAUAGCAUCAUCAUUCAUCCAGGCCUCAUCUGCUGUAUCGGGAUAUAUAUAUUCUUAUAGAAUUUCCUGAUGAAUACUAUAUAUAUAUAUCAUUAAGUAUAAUAGUGACCCAAUUUUCUCACCUGUUGUAAAUAAUGUUCAUUUUUUAUGAAAAUGUCAUAAAAGUUAUUCAUGUUUCGGUGUAAUAUUGGUGCAGGGUGGCUGGGAAUCAAAUAUUUUAACUGAAAAACAAAUUGAAAAUCUUAAACCUGGGGAAUUGCCCAUCUACUGACCUCCCCUCAAUCUCAGGGCUAGCUCUUGUACCAAUUGUGAAUUUUAACCAAUCUAAUAUAAAAUUUUAUUCUCAUUUAAUGAAAUAAUUCCAUGUAAUUAUUGAUAUGUUAAUGAAAAAUAACUGUGUUUUUGCAAUUUUCGAGGUUGACUGGAUAAUUUGGUGAAAUGUUCUGCUCAUUAAGUGAGCCCUGCAUCUGGUAUGGUGACAUUGCCCAAGGUGUAUGUGGACGAUGGUUUGAACAGCCUUGCUGUAUGAUUGAUGACGUGCUGUGUUGGUGCAGAUUUUAAUACACAGAAGUUGUUCAUAUCGGAUGUUGUACAGCUGCGAUGAAAAAACUCCCAGUGAGAUCAUACUCAGACUUGAAUGGUGAAUUGUUUCAAUACGUGUUUGUUUUCUAUUAAUGUUUACCAUAUACGAUACAUUUUACAGUUAUUUAUUGCCUCUUUUUAUAUUAUGAGGCAAUUUGGAAUACAAUUUGGCAGCUGUUUAGAGGUUUCCAUUUUUUAUAUUUAUAUUGAUGUUCAAUAUAGACAGUAAUACUUUAUGUUUGUGUAUGUGUGUACUUAUUGAAUAUACACCUUCUCUUGGGUUUUUUAUCUUUUACUUGUAUCUGCUGGUGUGAUGUUUUUAUCACUUCUUAUGUCUCUAACUGAAACACUUCUUAUGUCUCUAACUGAAACACUUCUUAUGUCUCUAACUGAAACACUUCUUAUGUCUCUAACUGAAACACUUCUUAUGUCUCUAUCUGAAACACUUCUUAUGUCUCUAACUGAAAACACUUCUUAUGUCUCUAACUGAAACACUCCUUAUGUCUCUAACUGAAACACUCCUUAUGUCUCUAACUGAAACACUUCUUAUGUCUCUAUCUGAAACACUUCUUAUGUCUCUAACUGAAACACUCCUUAUGUCUGUAACUGAAACACUUCUUAUGUCUCUAACUGAAACAUUUCUUUUGUCUCCAACUGAAACACUUCUCUUGUCUCUAACUGAAACAUUUCUUUUGUAUCUAACUGAAACACUUCUUUUGUCUCUAACUGAAACACUUCUAUGUCUCUAACUGAAACACUUCUAUGUCUCUAACUGAAACACUUCUAUGUCUCGAACUGAAACACUUCUUAUAUAUCUAACUGAAACACUUCUGUCUCUAACUGAAACACUUCUUAUAUAUCUAACUGAAACACUUCUAUGUCUCUAACUGAAACACUUCUUACGUAUCUAACUGAAACACUUCUUAUAUAUCUAACUGAAACACUUCUAUGUCUCUAACUGAAACACUUCUAUGUCUCUAACUGAAACACUUCUAUGUCUCUAACUGAAACACUUCUAUGUCUCUAACUGAAACACUUCUUUUGUAUCUAACUGAAAUACUUCUAUGUCUCUAACUGAAACACUUCUUAUGUAUCUAACUGAAACACUUCUAUGUCUCUAACUGAAACAGUCUACAGAUGUAUUGUCUCCAUUGGUGUUGAAAGGUAAAUUAUUACUAUUCCCAUUUCUGCCAUCUUCCGACACUAUGUCUCUUCGUCUAUUGAUUUCUAUGCUUAUAGCCUAUUAAGGUUCAAGUAUAGUGUUCUGGGCAGUGUGGGCACACACCUCAGGUGUAAGGGUCAUUUGUUCUGGACAGUGGGCACACACCUCAGCUGUAAGGGUCAUUUGUUCUGGACAGUGUGGGCACACACCUCAGGUGUAAGGGUCAUUUGUUCUGGACAGUGGGCACACACCUCAGCUGUAAGGGUCAUUUGUUUUGGACAGUGUGGGCACACACCUCAGCUGUAAGGGUCAUUUGUUCUGGACAGUGUGGGCACACACCUCAGCUGUAAGGGUCAUUUGUUCUGGACAGUGUGGGCACACACCUCAGCUGUAAGGGUCAUUUGUUCUGAGCAGUGUGGGCACACACCUCAGCUGUAAGGGUCAUUUGUUCUGGACAGUGUGGGCACACACCUCAGCUGUAAGGGUCAUUUGUCCUUGGCAGUGUGGGCACACACCUCAGCUGUAAGGGUCAUUUGUUCUGGACAGUGUGGGCACACACCUCAGCUGUAAGGGUCAUUUGUUCUGGACAGUGUGGGCACACACCUCAGCUGUAAGGGUCAUUUGUUCUGGGCAGUGUGGGCACACACCUCAGCUGUAAGGGUCAUUUGUUCUGGGCAGUGUGGGCACACACCUCAGGUGUAAGGGUCAUUUGUUCUGGACAGUGUGGGCACACACCUCAGCUGUAAGGGUCAUUUGUCCUUGGCAGUGUGGGCACACACCUCAGCUGUAAGGGCCAUUUGUUCUGGACAGUGUGGGCACACACCUCAGCUGUAAGGGUCAUUUGUUCUGGACAGUGUGGGCACACACCUCAGCUGUAAGGGUCAUUUGUUCUGGGCAGUGUGGGCACACACCUCAGCUGUAAGGGUCAUUUGUCCUUGGCAGUGUGGGCACACACCUCAGCUGUAAGGGUCAUUUGUUCUGGACAGUGUGGGCACACACCUCAGCUGUAAGGGUCAUUUGUUCUGGACAGUGUGGGCACACACCUCAGCUGUAAGGGUCAUUUGUUCUGGGCAGUGUGGGCACACACCACAGCUGUAAGGGUCAUUUGUUCUGGGCAGUGUGGGCACACACCUCAGCUGUAAGGGUCAUUUGUCCUUGGCAGUGUGGGCACACACCUCAGCUGUAAGGGUCAUUUGUCCUUGGCAGUGUGGGCACACACCUCAGCUGUAAGGGUCAUUUGUUCUGGACAGUGUGGGCACACACCUCAGCUGUAAGGGUCAUUUGUUCUGGGCAGUGUGGGCACACACCUCAGCUGUAAGGGUCAUUUGUCCUUGGCAGUGUGGGCACACACCUCAGCUGUAAGGGUCAUUAGUUCUGGACAGUGUGGGCACACACCUCAGCUGUAAGGGUCAUUUGUUCUGAGCAGUGUGGGCACACACCUCAGCUGUAAGGGUCAUUUGUUCUGGGCAGUGUGGGCACACACCUCAGCUGUAAGGGUCAUUUGUUCUGGACAGUGUGGGCACACACCUCAGCUGUAAGGGUCAUUUGUCCUUGGCAGUGUGGGCACACACCUCAGCUGUAAGGGUCAUUUGUUCUGGACAGUGUGGGCACACACCUCAGCUGUAAGGGUCAUUUGUUCUGGACAGUGUGGGCACACACCUCAGCUGUAAGGGUCAUUUGUUCUGGGCAGUGUGGGCACACACCUCAGCUGUAAGGGUCAUUUGUUCUGGGCAGUGUGGGCACACACCUCAGGUGUAAGGGUCAUUUGUCCUUGGCAGUGUGGGCACACACCUCAGCUGUAAGGGUCAUUUGUUCUGGACAGUGUGGGCACACACCUCAGCUGUAAGGGUCAUUUGUCCUUGGCAGUGUGGGCACACACCUCAGCUGUAAGGGCCAUUUGUUCUGGACAGUGUGGGCACACACCUCAGCUGUAAGGGUCAUUUGUUCUGGACAGUGUGGGCACACACCUCAGCUGUAAGGGUCAUUUGUUCUGGGCAGUGUGGGCACACACCUCAGCUGUAAGGGUCAUUUGUCCUUGGCAGUGUGGGCACACACCUCAGCUGUAAGGGUCAUUUGUUCUGGACAGUGUGGGCACACACCUCAGCUGUAAGGGUCAUUUGUUCUGGACAGUGUGGGCACACACCUCAGCUGUAAGGGUCAUUUGUUCUGGGCAGUGUGGGCACACACCACAGCUGUAAGGGUCAUUUGUUCUGGGCAGUGUGGGCACACACCUCAGCUGUAAGGGUCAUUUGUCCUUGGCAGUGUGGGCACACACCUCAGCUGUAAGGGUCAUUUGUCCUUGGCAGUGUGGGCACACACCUCAGCUGUAAGGGUCAUUUGUUCUGGACAGUGUGGGCACACACCUCAGCUGUAAGGGUCAUUUGUUCUGGGCAGUGUGGGCACACACCUCAGCUGUAAGGGUCAUUUGUCCUUGGCAGUGUGGGCACACACCUCAGCUGUAAGGGUCAUUUGUUCUGGACAGUGUGGGCACACACCUCAGCUGUAAGGGUCAUUUGUUCUGGACAGUGUGGGCACACACCUCAGCUGUAAGGGUCAUUUGUUCUGGGCAGUGUGGGCACACACCACAGCUGUAAGGGUCAUUUGUUCUGGGCAGUGUGGGCACACACCUCAGCUGUAAGGGUCAUUUGUCCUUGGCAGUGUGGGCACACACCUCAGCUGUAAGGGUCAUUUGUUCUGGACAGUGUGGGCACACACCUCAGCUGUAAGGGUCAUUUGUUCUGGACAGUGUGGGCACACACCACAGCUGUAAGGGUCAUUUGUUCUGGACAGUGGGGGCACACACCUCAGCUGUAAGGGUCAUUUGUUCUGGACAGUGUGGGCACACACCUCAGCUGUAAGGGCAAUUUGUCCUGGGCAUGGUAAUGUUCAGUUAUUAAUAAUUAGACUGAGGUAAAUCGGUGUGCAUUUUUUAGUGGUAUUUUCUGUCUUCCCUCCCCCCCCCCCCCCCCUCAAUUUCGAGUUGCAUAUUUAUAACAAUGUGGUGUACAAUGUACUGAAUGUGUAGCAUGUAUUUACUUUUAGUCUCUUUCAUAAUGAUAACGAUGUGAUGUUUAUAUUUAGUUUCACUAAUAGACUGAACAUGUAGCAUCUAUUUACUUUUAGUCUUUCAUAAUGAUAACGAUGUGAUGUUUAUAUUUAAUUUCACGAAUAGACUGAACGUGUAGCAUCUAUUUACUUUUUGUAUCUUUCAUAAUGAUAACGAUGUGAUGUAGACAUUUAGUUUCACUAAUAGAUUGAACAUGUAGCAUCUAUUUACUUUUAGUCCAUACAGCAAGUUAUGUACCCAAUAAACUGUUAUUUAAAACAAAA